AUGGUAUUUUGCAAUGAAACAUUGGAAGACAUGAAUCAGGAUUUAGAUUCCAGCUGCACCAAGGAGGUCUUUAAAAGAGUUCCAAAUCUAAACAAGUUAGGAAUUUUGAAUGACUCCUACGAUACAAUUUCUCUAGAUAUUCUGGUUAAUCUUCCUCAACUUGAAACCCUGAAAAUCAGUAGUCUUAGAGAACGUGUUAGAGUCCCCGUAAAUUUCACUUUCCCAACAAAUAUCAAAAAGUUAACUUUAGGGAAUUGCAAAAUUGCUUGGAAACACAUGACUAUUGUUGGUUCAAUGCCCAACCUUGAAGUGCUCAAACUGCUAGAUGGGGACAAAGAGAGGCCAGGAUGGGAGCCGGAAUGGGAGCCAACCGAAGGAGAAUUUUGCAAACUAAAAUUUUUGCUACUUAGAACUAUGUUUCUAGUGCAAUGGAGAGCCAGUAACACUAACUUCAAAAGCCUCGAGUGCCUAAUGCUUAAGCAAUGUUCCAAACUAGAGGAGAUCCCUCAUAGCAUUGGAGAUAUACCAACUCUUCAAAUCAUUGAGUUGGACGAUGCUAGCCCUUCAGCUGUGAUUUCGGCAAAGCAAAUACAAGAAGACCAAGAAAAUUUAGGAAAUGAUAUCCUUCAAGUUCAUGUCCUUUGCGAAGGGCAGUUCAACCAUCAACAGAGCGAGGAAUUGGAGGCUAAAUUAAUAGCUAAUCUUGAGUCAAAUGACGACAAAUUGCAAAUCAGCGCCUGUUCUCAGCUAACCAAUCUUAUUAAUGGCAUAAAUGCACUAUCGAAGGGAUUAAUAUCUAGAAUUUUUUCUCGACUCCUCAAGUUUCUUGAUAGAGAUGACUUCCCGCAACUUCAGGUUGCGGCAGCGGGGGCUAUAGGAGAUAUUUUAUUUUGUUCAUCUCACACCUUCAACAUCACCGUCAACAUCCUAAUUGAACAAGGUGCAGUUCCCAUUAUGGUGAGCCUUCUUAGUUCUGCCGAGGAUGAACUUCGCGGAAUGGUAGGUGUUGUGUAUUUAUCGCAAAAUGUAAGAUGUCAAUCAAAUAUGUAGUUAAGUGGACUUAAGAAUCUUCUCACGAGGACCACUUGUUAAAAUAAUAAAAAAUGUCACAAAUAGACUAUUUACAGCUCAACUUGAUGUAUGAAGGAUUCACGAGAUCACCAUCAUUAUCUCUUUAAUAUCAAUUACCAAAUCAUGACAAUAGUUAUUAAUGCUUACUCGAUCGAAUUCCUUUAAAUUAAUUGAUUUACUCCUCUCGAGUUCAAAUCAAUUCUACUUAAUUAAGUAAACUCAGUGUCUACGUAAUUCCUGAUAUGCUUCAAUCAAAAGCAUUCUAUCCAAUAUAUUUAAUAAGACUCGAUGUGAGAUGUUCUCUCAUUAUAUGGAACUAAAAUAUCCUCUAAAUAUGGUAGCAAUCAAUUACAAUAUUAACUAAUGGUAGCCUAUAAUUUAAAUAUGGUAAAAACAAUCUAUCUAUAUAUAAUACAAUUAUAGUAGUAAUCUUCGACGAUCUUCGUAAUCUUAUUUAACCUUAUUAACAUCCCUUUCAAAUUGAUGCUUGUAAAAGCAUCAAUUUGUAAUCAUGAACUGGCGACGGUGACAAUACUUGUGCUCACGAAGAAGAAAUCCAAAUCAGAGCAACUAUCUACAAAAAUCAGUGACUAGGAGAGACCAAGAAUAACAAAUACUGCUAAAACAACCAAGAACUACUCCAAAACCACUCCAAGAACACUCUAGAAAGCUCACACCAAGAAAAAUUUUCAAAAGAAAUUCACAAAAUUUGUCGACACACUGUGAACUCUAUCUGUUGGGAGAACUCAGUGGAACACAUAAUUCGUAUUCCGAUAAAAGCUCUAACGCUAGUACACCGGCCAAUAUUUCAGCAAUAUAUCGCUGACCAAGAUGUUAUAGUUGGAAGAAAUCCCACAAACUAUCAUACAAAAAAAAAAAAAAAA